CACACACACACACACACACAAUGACGUCGGGAGUAUCUACAGUUGCACUUCAGAGGCUUAAAAAGGACUAUCAGAGAUUGUUGAAAGAACCCGUUCCAUUCAUGAAAGCUGCACCACUGGAGACGAAUAUUCUCGAAUGGCGAUAUAUUAUCAUUGGAGCGCCAAAAACACCGUACGAAGGUGGAAUUUAUAUGGGAAAAUUGCUUUUUCCCAAAGAUUUUCCAUUCAAACCGCCCGCAAUUCUUAUGCUAACACCGAAUGGCAGAUUUCAGACAAACACCCGCCUGUGCCUGUCAAUCUCUGAUUAUCACCCCGACACAUGGAAUCCUGCGUGGACUGUCUCAACAAUUAUCACCGGUCUCAUGUCAUUUAUGAAUGAUAAUCAACCGACACUGGGCUCUCUUGUGACGUCAGAAUCUGAACGAAAAUUGCUCGCCAAGAAGUCAAAGCAGUGGAAUUUGAAGGACAAAUCGUUUUGUGCCCUGUUUCCCGAAGAAGCCGAUCAAAUUCGUGAAGAAAUGGAAAAAAUGAAUCAGCAAGAGUUGGAUAGUAUCCGUGAAGAGGAGACUGCUAUCAAGAAUCGACGCAGAGGCGAUGCAUCGCGCGGUGGCGUCGGAGUUCCCCGACUCUCUUCAUUUUUAUCGAAUAUGAUGAUGAUUGCAGGCGUGGCGGUACUUGCAUUUGCAGUUAGAUACGUGGUACUGGCGGCCGCCGAAUUUGAAAAACAACGGAGAUAAUGAGAAAUUUAUUUUUGAUUUUUUGUAGAUUUUUUGGUGAAAAUGAGCCGUUUUAGUCCAAAAAUGGCCAAUUUUGGACCAUUUUAAGCCAAAAUUUGGGAUUUUUCUGGAAAAUUUCAAGCUUUUUGUGAUUUUUUGAAGGUUUUAGGCUUAAAAAUGGUCGAAUUUUUAGAUUUUUUUCAUAUUUUGGAAUUUUCCAGCUUUUUGACAUUUUUGGCUUAAAAUAGGCCAAUUUUCGAUUUAAGCCCUAAAAUCUUGUAUUUUUUAAGCCAAAAAUUUGGGCUUUUUCUGGAAAAUUUUUUCGAAUUUUUUCGCUCAAAUUCCUUAAAAACCGAGUAAUUUUAGGCUGAAAAAGCCGAAAAUUCAGGUUCAAGGCUAAAAUAGGCCGAUUUUUCAUCACAAAAAUGCUCAAAAAUCGCGCAAUUUUUCUCAAAAUUUCAAAUUUCCCGCGCGCGCCCGUAUUUCCACGUGUCUAUCCGGCUUUUGCCAAGUUUUUUAACCGAUAUAUGUAAUUCUCGUAUGUGUGCUCGUGUGUGUGUAUUUUCCAUUGAUUUCCUCUUCUCUUGUACUUGUCGACUUUUUUCGUCCGCCGCCCACGCAAAAAUUGACUUUUUCCAUACCUGUAGGUCCGGCUCCGCCCCUUUCUUGGUCAUUUUUCCGAAUUUUAGGCUCCACACACAUGGCCCCGCCCCGAUUUGAAGGAAAACUGAACUUUUUUUUUUUAAUUUCUUCCUUUUGAAAAAAUAAAAAAUUUUGCCUCCUGUGAUAUUUUUUUUUUAUUUUUCCCUUUUUGUGGAUUUUUUGGAAUAAAUUUGAAUUUUUAAAC